AAAAAUGUUUUUGUUUUCUUGUUGGUGGGAGGAUAAAUGCCAAAGUGGGAGGGAAUCGCUUCCGGUCGAACCGCGUGGAAUGGCCAACAGCAGCGAGACUUUGAGAUGGGUGCUGAAGGUCAGAUCGGCGUAAGUGGGGAAGGCGGGGGAGGCAAAUCUUUACAAAGCACGUGCGCGGGGGGCGGCCCUCGAGAGUCGUGCGGAUGGCCAGAUCGGCGUGCGUUGGAUCUCAAAGUCCACGCGUGCGGUCUCGUCUCAUUGCGGGACCCGCCUGAGAGGCCAAUCUAAAAAGAAUUUGCGCGGCGGGCCCCACUCCACCGACCGUGUCCGGGAGUCAAAAUAUCUGCCUCGCCCUCUUUUUCCCUCCCUCUUAAGGCGCCGCUGCUGCACCACCCCGGAGAGUCACGAGCCACAGCAUACAACACGACCACGGCAACUCUCUCUCUCUCCCCCUUCGCCUACUUCCUGCAAGCCACCCACAUCUCCCGCGGUUCCCGGCCGUCAGCUCUCCAUCCCUCUUCUUUGACCGGGGAUUUGGACUUUCUUCCGUUGGAACAAUCUCCUGGGAGCGGGCGGCUGGCUGUGUAUGGAGUCGGAGAAGAACGGUGGGAGUCGCGGGAGAAGAGAGAUGGGGAAACUGCAGCUCGUGGUGCCCGAGGGCACGCGGCGAAUUCCACCGCCGCUGGGGAGCUGGGAGGCGACUAGGCCGCUCAAGAAGAUUAGAAGCCCGGACCGGCACCGCUCUCCCUCAUCCUCUUCCAUCUCGUACUCCUUCGACGCGCUCUCUCCGGCCUGUUCCCCCCGGCCUUUUACAUCUUCGAGGCCGAUCUUUCCUUUCGCUUGCGAGGGUCCUCAGCCCGUUCUGUACGCGCCACCCACCCUGCCUCUCCCCAUUUCGAAUCAGUUUCACCAGCAACAGCAGCAGCAGAUGAUAUCUUUUGCGCGCAGUCAUCCGUAUCAAAUUGGAGCUUAUCCACCUUCUCCGUUGUUUAUGACGGAGGGAGCGGCCCCGGUGGCGAUGACUCGGCAGCAGCAGCAGAUGUAUCAGGAGCAGCUACUGAAGUACUGGAGCGAGUCGCUACACCUCAGCCCGCGGGGCCACUUUUCGGGGCAGGAGAGGAGGCGAACGCCGUCUUCGGUGUAUGCCGGAUUCUUCCGGCCUCCGAUGCUACCCUCUGUCUCAGCCCCGACGAAGCUGUACCGCGGCGUACGGCAGCGGCACUGGGGGAAGUGGGUGGCGGAGAUCCGCCUUCCGAAGAACCGCACCCGCCUCUGGCUCGGCACCUUCGACACUGCGGAGGACGCCGCCCUCGCGUAUGACCGCGAGGCAUUCAAGCUCAGGGGCGACAACGCGCGGCUCAACUUCCCCAACCUCUUCCUGGGCAAAGGCGGCGGUGGCGGUAGUAGCAGAGUUGAGGCUUCAUGUUCUUCCCUCUCGUCCUCUGCUCCUGCCACUCCGCAAGAAUCCAAGCAACACCAACAGCAGGACGAGCCCAGGCAAUCAAACAUUCCAUCUGCCGUAGCUGAGACUACAACCGGUGGCACGACCAGCUCUGUGGACUCCCCAUCGGUACUGUGCAAACCCAUCGGAAGCGAACCCGCGGCAUUCGGAACAACGGAAUCCACGCCGCAGCCGUCGGAGAUGGUAUGGGAGGACGCCGAUGCAGCAUGGUUCAGCACCUGGGGUCCGGGGAGCUCCGUGUGGGACGACAUCGACGGAGCUAACAGCCUGCUCUUCCAAUCCCCCCUCAUCAGCAUCGCUGAGUCCGACAUGGACUGCUCCAGUUGUACACCAGCAUGUCAGGAGACUGCCACCACCUCUGCUUCUUCCAAUCCUUAUUCUCCCUCCUUGUUUAUGUGGAAGGAGUGAUCACACACACUCUAUCACUAUUCAUCAUUUUAGGAGCUUAGAGAACUCACGCACGCAGGACAGUUGAUUUGGGUAGGAACAGUUCACUGGUUGCAGAUUUUAUGGGGCAGCCUGUGAACAUACAAAUCUGAUCUGCAUGCCAAGGGAUAUGAUUUAGAGCAUAGACAUUCCUCAGUGCUCUUUCAUACAUCCUUCUGCUGCUGCACUUCAGAUGCCAAUGGAUCCCUGUUUUGGCUGCUUUUUUUCCAAGCCACAACAGUAGCAGGGCACCUUCUGGUUUCUCCACACUCUUAGUUGAUCCUUGCACUUCUUAUAGAUCUUUUCACACUCAUGUCGCUUGUAGUCGUCGUAUGCAUGUAGAAGAAGUCAUUGUAGUGGGUGAUGAGGAAGGAGAAACGGAGACGAUUUGGAGUUCUCCGUUCCUUCCUUUACAGGGGUCGGAAUCGUCACCCAUGCUUUGUUGUUCUUCAAAGUCAAACAUUCAGCUUACGUGGCC